AUGGCGAGAACCUGUGUGGAUAUCUCUCCGGAGAGGCAAAACAACGUCCGAGUGCAGAUCAAGAUACUUGACUUUAACAAAAGUUUGGACUACAACAUAAGCUACAUGUGCGAUCAGGAAGAAGUGUUCCUGCAGAACUUCUACUCCGUGUUCCUGACAGUUCUCUACAGCGUCAUCUUCCUCCUGGGUCUGUCCGGGAAUGGCCUGAUGAUCGCCGUCUUCCUGAGGCGUCGCCGUCGGUUACGCAUCACGGAGAUCUACCUGCUGCACCUGGCUGUGGCGGACCUCAUGCUCAUCUUCACUCUGCCGUUUGAAUCAGUGAACAGAUGGGUGUUCGGGGACUUUCUCUGCAUGCUGAUCGGCACGCUGAAAAAUAUGAACCUGCUUUGCGGAAGUUUCCUCCUCGCCUGCAUUGGAUUCGACAGAUACCUGGCCAUUGUUCACGCAGUUCCCAGCAUGCAAAGCCGUCGUCCAAAGGUCGUGCACCUGAUGUGUGCAUCUCUGUGGAUUCUCUGUUUGUUUUUGUCACUACCCAAUGCCGUGUUUCUCUCUGUGGAACAGGACAAAUAUGAUUUUAUGUUCUACUGCCAUUACUAUCGCUUUGAAACGCACUCUCACAACUGGGUUAUUGCUAACAGGAUCUUACAUCACGUGUGCUUUUUCUUCUCUUUGGGGGUCAUGUGUUACUGCUACACCACACUGGUUAUAACUUUGUUCCACAGCCAGAAAAGCCAAGCCAAGAAAGGCGCCAUUCGAUUGGCUUUGCUCGUCACACUCGUGUUCUGUUUCUGCUGGUUGCCGUAUAAUGUCACCUCCGUAAUCAAGACUCUUGAGGAGCUGGAAGUGGUGACGUACGACAUCUGUGAGUCCUCCGCCUUGCUGAACCAGGUCUAUUAUGUAACGCACAGCCUGGGGAUUUCCCAUUGCUGCCUGAAUCCGUUCCUGUACGCCUUUGUUGGGGUGCAGUUUCGUAAUGAGCUGCUUCACCUGCUGUGUCAGCUGGGUUGCAGCCGAGCUUGUUUGCCGUUUAUCAGAGCUCCAGUUCAAAUGCGGCACUCUAUUUCUGAUGGAAUGACAACCAACAGAACUAACAUCUACCAAUAA